AUGGUGGUCGACACGACAUACUACGAUCUUUUAAGCAUCGAAACUACGGCAACGUCGCUUGAAAUUAAGAAAGCGUACAGAAAAGCAGCUAUCAGAUUACAUCCAGAUAAAAACCCCGAUGAUCCAGAUGCUGCCGCCAAAUUUCAGGAAGUGGGGCAGGCGUACCAAGUUUUGAGCGAUGAUCAGUUGCGACGCAAGUAUGACAAAUAUGGUAUACAGGAGUCCAUACCGCUGGAGGGUUUUGAAGAUCCAGCUGAGUUUUUUUCAAUGAUCUUCGGUGGCGAAGCGUUCAGGGACUGGAUUGGAGAGUUGACGUUGCUACUGGAGCUCUCAAAGACUGCAGAAUUGUCUGAAACGGAGAAAAAGGGAGGAGAGGAUACAAAAGCGGGUGAUGAAGAAAUCGAGCAAUCUUCUUCCUCUUCUUCUUCUUCUGAGCAAAAAAAGUUGUCCCAUACUGCGCAUGAUAGUUCUGAAGAUGAGGAGAAACGCAAAAAGGAAGAGUUGGAGAAGUUUGAGGAAGAAUGCCGUGUGAAGAAACUCGAAACCAGAGCUGAGCUUGCAAAGAAACUUGCCGAUAAGUUGUCGUUACUCACAGAGACUGAUAUGAAGGAUGACGUGAUUGAGUCAUUCAAGGCCAAGAUGAACUACGAAGCCGAGGCUCUAAAAAUGGAGAGCUUUGGAUUGGAAAUAUUACACACAAUGGGUCAUGUAUAUAAAAGCAAGGCCAAGAUAUUUUUAAAGAGCCAGACUUUCUUUGGGUGGGGUGGAUUGUGGCUGUCUAUAAAGGAGAAAGGAGGAGUAGUUAAGGACACAUUCCGAACAGUGUCGGCCGCUCUAGAUGCACAAAGGACAAUGGAGGAGUAUGCUCAGAUGCAACUAGAUAAUGAAUAUCAUGCGCAAAAGGAAAAGGAGGAAGAGGAGGCCAAACAAAAAGCAGAGCAGGAGAUGGAAAAACUCGAGGAAGAGUUGGAGGAGGUGCAGAGACAAAAAGAGGGAGGGUCAAAGGCAGAAUUAAACAAGGAGUCAAAUGGGGAGCAAAGCAGCACUGAUGCUGGUGCUGAUGCUGAUGCUGAUGCUGGUACUGGUGCUGGUGCCGAUAAAAAGGAGGCUCCGGUUGAACCACCAAGUCACACUCCAGAGGAAUUGGCAGAAAUGGAAAAAUAUUUACUAGCCAAAGUGCUCGCUGCUGCUUGGAACGGUUCCAAAUUUGAAAUACAGGGCACCUUACGGGCUGUAUGUGAUGCUGUUUUAGAAGAUGAGGGGAUAACCCUUGAGGAAAGAGUAAAUAGAGCCAAAGCUUUGAGAUUGAUGGGUGAAGUGUUUAGUACUGCUACUAGAACUGAGCAAGAAGAUGAAGAGGCUCGAGUGUUUGAAGAGCUUGUCGCGGAAGCCAGCAAGAAGAGGGAGAAGAAGAAGAGGCCGAAGGAUGCUUAG